UAAUAAUGGAAAAUCGUAAUAUAGUUCAUAAUAUUAUUGAUGCCAUUAUAUACCUUAUAAAAUGUAACAUAGCCUUUUGGGGCACUAAUUCGAAUGAAGGUAAUUUUAUGUGCCUCAUAAAAUUAAUGGCAAAAACGGUUCCAACUUUACGGGCAUACAUUGAUAACAACGAAAAAUUGAGGAGAAAAAAAUCAGAUAAAAUUUCAAGACCUUAUAUAAAUUUAUUGUCAUAUGGCCAUGUGAAAAAAAUUAUUGAAGUCAUUAAGAUAAAAAUAAUAAAAUGUAUUAUUCAAAAAAUUAAAGAGAAUUGUGCCUAUAGCAUCAUAUUAGAUGGAACAUAUGAUGUGUCUAAAAAAGAAUGCAUUGCUUUACUUGUAAGAUAUAUAGAAGAUGAUCCGCAUCCACAUCCUGUAGAAAGGAUCAUCCAUGUUUUUACAACAUCAGAAACCACCGGGGAAAAUAUAAAGAAACAUGUUUUUUCUAAGUUCAAAGAUCUUGGUCUUCCUCUUGAUUAUAUGGUUGGGCAAAGUAUGGAUGGUGCAGGGAAUAUGAGAGGAGUAUACAAAGGAAUGCAGGCUUUAAUAUUGAAAGAGGCUCCAAAAGCCAUAUAUAUUUGGUGCCAUGCACAUAGGCUCAAUUUAGUAGUUGCUCAUGUUUGUGGAUGCAAAAUAGAAAUGAAAAAGGUAAUGGGAAUAUUGGAUGAGUUAUAUAAUUUCAUGAAUGGGGUAAGACGUCAAGGAGUGUUUGUUAAAUAUCAAAUGACAAAGUCUAAAAAAUCUCUUAAAAGAAUAAAAAAUACAACAAGAAAUUGGUCAUCAUCUUAUAAAGCUGUAGAAAUUUUUUUAGAUGUUUAUGAACAUAUUAUAGCAUCAUUAAAUGAAUUAAAAGAUUCUAAUGACCCAAGCACCUCUUCUAUUGCCGAUGGAUUAUUAACAAGAAUUAAGGAUGAAGAUUUCAUAUUAAGUCUAUUUAUUUUGAAAGAAAUAUUGAAAUGCACACAUGAGGCUUGUAUUGAAAUGCAGGCAGUUGGUAAUGAUUUGGCUAUGGUAACUAAAUUAAUACAACACACAAAAAAUAAAUUACAAAGACUAAGAGCUAAUGGGGAUAAUAUUUUUUUAAAAUUGCAUUCCUUAUCUAACAGUUAUUUGAAAAAGAAUAAUGUUACAACGGAAUUGCAUAAUAUAAAAUCAAUAUUCAAAUUUGAUCAAACAGCAUUCAAUAAUUAUGUUAAACAAAAAAAAAACAAAUAUAAAAGGGAAAUAUUUUUCCCUGUGCUUGAUACAAUCAUUAAUGAUUUAAAUGAAAGAUUUAAUUAUGAUUGUUUAAAUUUUUUAUCUCAAAUAUCUCUUUUUACACCAGCUGGAAUUAUAGCCAAUGAUAGAAUAGAAGGGUGGCAAAUAUCUCAAAUUUGUCAUACUUACCAAUUAAAUGCUCAAGAUAUUGCUCGUGAAUAUAAUGAUUUUCGAUCUUUAUAUUUGGAUUCACAAGCAAUCAUUUAUUGCAAGGAUCUUUUGAAAAUAAAAAAGAAUGAUGGGUUAUAUAUUGAUGAAAGUAUUGUAAACGAUGAAACCGAGGAAGAUAUCAAUAACGAUAACAUAAUUAAUACAAAAAAAUGGAUAAAAUAUUCAUUUAUACUACCAUAUCGUCUUUUAAAUAAAUUAAAUUCUUAUUCUAAUUUAUAUUUAUUAUAUAAAUAUUUAUUGACUCUACCAACUACUUCUUGUUCAGCCGAAAGAGUGAUGAGCAAAGUCAAAAUAAAUAAAACUAGAAUGCGGAAUAAAAUUUCUACCCCUUUUUAGAAAAUUUACUUCUAAUAUCCAGCGAAAUUGAUGUUUUUGAAAGAUUUAAAAUAGACGACAUUAUAACGCGAUUUGCAUCUACGUCUAAAAGAUUAACUAAAUUAUUAAUAAAAUAAGUUAUAUCUUUUUCACAGCUAAUUAUAUACGCCUUUUUAAUAAUGUAAAUUUAAUUUAAUAGUUUUUUAUAUCAUUCUAGUCCGGUGCAUAAUAUAAUACUAUAUUCAUUUUAUUUAAAUAUUUUAUAAUAGUUAUAUUUACAUAAAUGUUUUUAUAAUUCCAGUGCAAAAUAUAUUAUAUUCAUUUUAUUUUAAUAUUUUAUAUAAAACUUAUAUUUACAUAGAUGUUUUUAUAAUUCCAGUGCAACUAUAUUCAUUUUUUUCUCAUAUUUUAUAUAAAAGUUAUAUUUACAUAAAAAAAUUUAUAUUUCCAGUGCAAAAUAUACUCUAUUCAUUUUAUAUUUUAUAUAAUAGUUAUAUUUACAUAAAUGUUUUUAUAAUUCUUGUGCAAAAUAUACUAUAUUCUUUAUUCUAAUAUUUUAUAUAAAAGUUAUAUUUACAUAAAAAUUUUUUUUAUAUAAUAGUUAUAUCUAUAUGAAUGUUUUUAAUUAAUAUAAAGGCAUUAGUAUUUAUAGAAUCAAGCUAUACCUCUUUAAAAUUACUCAUUUUGUUUUUUUUACUUAAUAUAAAGGUAUUAGUAAUUAUAGAAUCAAGCUAUACCUCUUUAAAAUUACUCAUCUUAUAUUUUUUUACUAAAUU